GGCCGCCGGGAGAGGCCAAGGCGCCGUGUCCACCGUCCAAUGGCCGCCGCGUUGCUCACCCGGGCCUGGGGCCCGCUGCGCGGAGCUCUGUGUGCCCGGGACUGGCGGCUGCUGCACACGGUCUACCAAUCAGUGGAGCUGCCUGAAACACACCAGAUGUUGCGUCAGACAUGCCGGGACUUCGCUGAGAAGGAGCUGGUUCCUGUCGCGCCCCGGCUGGACAAGGAGCACCUCUUCCCAGCAGCUCAGGUGAAGGAGAUGGGCAAGCUUGGGCUUCUGGCCAUGGAUGUGCCUGAGGAGCUGAGCGGCGCUGGCCUCGACUACCUGGCCUACGCCAUCGCCAUGGAGGAGAUCAGCCGCGGCUGCGCCUCCGCGGGAGUCAUCAUGAGCGUCAACAACUCCCUCUACCUGGGGCCCAUCCUCAAGUUUGGCUCCCAGGAGCAGAAGCGCCAGUGGAUCACGCCCUUCACCGGCGGCGACAAGAUUGGCUGCUUUGCCCUCAGUGAACCAGGGAACGGCAGCGACGCUGGAGCUGCGUCUACCACGGCCCGGGAGGAGGGCGACUCGUGGGUCCUCAACGGCACCAAAGCCUGGAUCACCAACUCCUGGGAGGCCUCCGCCACGGUGGUCUUUGCCAGCACCGACAGAGCCCUGAAAAACAAGGGCAUCAGCGCCUUCCUGGUUCCCAUGCCAACACCGGGGCUCACCCUGGGCAAGAAGGAGGACAAGUUGGGCAUCCGGGCAUCAUCCACAGCCAACCUCAUCUUUGAGGACUGUCGCAUCCCCAAGGAAAACCUGCUGGGGGAGCCAGGGAUGGGCUUCAAGAUCGCCAUGCAAACCCUGGAUAUGGGUCGCAUUGGCAUCGCUGCCCAGGCCUUGGGCAUCGCCCAGGCCGCCCUGGAUUGCGCUGUGAAUUAUGCCGAGACUCGCAGGGCGUUCGGGGCGCCCCUCACCAAGCUGCAGGGCAUCCAGUUCAAGUUGGCAGACAUGGCCCUGGCCCUGGAGAGUGCCCGGUUGCUGACGUGGCGUGCAGCCAUGUUGAAGGACAAUAAGAAACCUUUCACCAAGGAGGCAGCGAUGGCCAAGCUGGCUGCCUCCGAGGCAGCCACCGCCAUCAGCCACCAGGCCAUCCAGAUCCUGGGCGGCAUGGGCUACGUGUCGGAGAUGCCAGCUGAGCGGCACUACCGCGACGCCCGCAUCACCGAGAUCUAUGAAGGCACCAGUGAGAUCCAGCGGCUGGUGAUCGCAGGGAACCUGCUCAAGAGCUACCAGAGCUGAGCCGUGCCUCGCUGCAGCGGGGCCGGGCUGUAGCCACGAGGCCUUAAUCAUGACCUAGAGCCAGAGACUGCUGGCAGGCCCGGGGGCUGCGUCCUGAAUCUCCUGUGUUCCGGCAACAGGCCGUCUACAGCUCCGUCUUGUGGACCCGGCCACCUCUCCAGCCGCCCAUCAGCCUAGCCAGCAGCCCCUGACCAUGGCUGCCUGGAGGAGGGUGUGGGUUGGGGUGGAACAACAGGACAGUGCUUUCCAGGGUUCCCUGGGGGCCUGCUGCUUGGCAGGAAGACCCAGUGGAGCAGCUCUUUGCCCUAAAGUUGGGGAUCAGGAGGAGGGGGUGGGUUGGGGGCCUUUGGCAAAGCAGCAGCAGCUGUUGCUCUGGUCUCUCUGGCCCGCCAGCCUCAGUCUUAGGAGUAGGCGGGGCCAGGCUGGGAGUUUAAGUGUGUGCAGGUGUGAGUGGGGAGGCUAGCUAAUAAAUUGUACCUGGUCCCGCCCUCUG